UUGUCUCUAUACCUUCUAUUGGGCUGUUACAAUGGAAGAUGAGAACCAAAGGGGUGAGCGAGACAGUAGGUCUUAUGAGUGCAGUCCAAGCCCACCAUCUAUGAGCUAUAGAAGGGGCAGCCGAUCACCGGAGCACAGCAGAGACAGACAUCGUACGCUGACUCCUGAUAGGCACAGCCGGGGCAGUCCUGAAGGUAGGUAUGCAAGGAGCCCUUCUUACAGUCGAUGGAAGGAAAGUAGCUACAGGAGGGAUAGAUACGAUCGUAGAGAUCGCAGUCCACCUGGUUACUACAGCUCAUAUCAUGGAAGAAGUAGGAGUAACAGUCAAGAUCGACAUUAUCCAAGAGAGUCUAGAUCGCGCAUUCGCUCCCCAAUGCCCACUCCGCCGUCUUCAGUAUUAGCGGUGUUCAAUCUGCCACGCAGAGACGUGUACAAUAUUUUGUGGGAUGAAAUCAAUCACCACGUUCCUAUACAAAGAUUGUCUCUUAUCACCGAUAAGCGAUCCGGAGAAUAUCGUGGAUAUGCUUUUAUAACCUUCGCGAGCAUUGAGGAUGCCACAAAGGCAAAAAGCAUCCUUCAUGGAAAGAACGUCGAUGGAAGAACGGCUCGAGCAGAUUUUAGUAACACACCAGAACCUCAUCAGAGCACGCCUGGACGGUAUAUGGGGCGCAGAAGUCCUGCUAGAUAUCGCUAUAGGGAUCAUCCUUACAGAAGGUAAAACGCUUGUUUUUGAUAUUUACCUGGGUUGUAGUGUAACGAGAAAAUCGAACUUGCCGAAGGCUUUUUUUUAUAAAUAAGAGAGAAGGCGCACACAUUUGAUAAGCCGGAAGAUUGCAAUGAAGUUGGCCAGGCCUUAUUUUUUGCAGCCAAAAAAUUUUUGGGGGGAGUAGAGAAGGAGAAAAGUGUGCGCGAAAAGCGAAAAGUUCCAGAAGGCUCAAAGACAAAUCUAUGCCAUAUGGGGUAUAGAUGUAUUUAUAUUUUUUUUUAACGCCUGUAUAUUUUUGGCCAGCGGAUUGUGCAUCGCUUGAAAAAAAUGCAGCCCUGGUUAGCACUGAUCCGAUCUCAUUUCAUCCUCUCUUUACUGAAUAUAUGAGAAAGUCGAACGAAUUUUCAACCAGAUUUUGUGAAUUUUGCAUGUUUGAAGAGGGAGAGAGAACAUGUCCAGAAAAUUCUUGCUGCCUUCCUCUUGUAGAAGUUAUGUCCAUACAUCGCACGCUUGUGAGGGAACUAUCAGCGGCUUUAAUCGAUAGAUGGCGAAGACGCCAAAUUUGAUGUCAAAUAUUGUGAAAAUUUUUUUUUAAGUUCCAGAAGGCGCCCUAUCUAGAUGCAAUUUUCUAGGCGUCUGCCAUGUGCCUUCCUAUUGAAGAGAGGGAUGGGAGCUAUAGAGGUUGAAAAAAUAUGGAAUUUUGUAAAGAAAAAUACAUUGGCAAAUGCCUUUUUUUAAUGCCCACAAAUUGAAAUUGGUAUCUAUCGUGCUCAAAAUUCAAAAAAGAAAAGUGGUCUUUCUCCAGUAUGUGAAUCCAGCACCAUCGAUGAUGUGCAUUUUUUUUAUGUCAUAUAUUAAAAUAUUGUGACAUUUUUUAAGCG